AUGGGAUCAAAUAAGGGAAGAUAUUUCUCCACUAAUAAUGGCUGUUUUAUAUUUCAGCAGAAGGAAUCUUUUAGAAUGGAGCAGUCCCCCAGGAUGUUCUGCGUCGUCUUUGCGAUGAGCCUAGUCUUGGCUUCGGGUCAGGAUGCGGGCAGCACGCUAGGAGACUUCGUCAACCAGCUGACAUCAUUGAUAUCGCAGAACGGAGGCAUCGGAAGCUUGGUUAACGCAAUCCGCCCACCCGGACAAUACCCUGGACAAGUUCUGUCUGGUGGAGACAACGGGUAUGGCCUUUAUCCUUCGAAACCUCACAACCCUUCCCAGUACCCCGAGCAGUACCCGGAAUACGCUCCGCAGUACCCCAGUCAAUAUCCUGGAUAUCCACCGGAGAGGCCGAGCCCGUAUCCUCCCAGCUAUCCAAGCGAGUACCCAGAGGACUACCGCCCAGGCAGACCGCCUUACCCGCAGAACUACGCUCCAGGGUACAACCCUUACAGACCACAACCCGGCUACCCGCAGCAGAGCUUCAUGGCAGCUCUCGACUCAAUCACCAGGCACGACGAAUUGAGGUGUGUGCCGAGGCUGCUCUGCGAAGUUACAUCAGGAGGCAAACCUGGGUACCCGUCCUCGAACUCUAACCAGCAGCAGACUGUCAAAGAAACCAUAACAACAUUGCUGACAGUACUCAACUUCAUGGACAACAACCCACUGUUCGUGUUCGGACGAGCAGCACUCCUGGGAGCAGCGAGCAGGGGCAACUCCGCGGCCUGCCUCAACGCCUACCCCACCUGUCCGAAGGAUCCAGACCGUCUUGUCCACUAUCUCAACAACCACAACGGCGGCUUCUUCAGGUUCUUCAGCGGACUCCCUUCUCAGGGUCGGGACCAGUCCGUUCCUCCUGCCGACGAAGAGGCCAGGAUACAGAACAAGCCCGGCCGAGCACUCUCCUUCCCUUCGGCAGUCCGGCCGAUCGAACCCCAGGACUACCUGCCGCCCUCAGCGCACUCCUCCGGCGAUCGCUUUGUUUUUCCGGACAGUUCGACCAGGGGGGGCAAGCAGCUGCACUUUCCCGAAGAAGGUGACUCCUAUCUUGGAAGGCCCUCCUAUAAUCCGGGAUCAGCCUAUAAACCGGACUACUCCCCUCCUCAGAAUUUGAUCAACUUCAGGGAUCAGAGGUCGGUGAAGUUUCCCGCUCCAAUGAACUUUCCGAAGCUUUAA